AUGACUGUUGAUGACAGUCUUAUCCAGCAAGAAUUGCAUGGAAUCCUAAUGAUUGAAUCGAAUCGAAGCACAGAAGUGGGCAACCCCCCCACAUCGUCAUCAUACACAAGAUCAUCAUCAUCUUCAGCUACCGCAGGCGUUAGUGGUGGUGCCCAAGUGCCGAUGCCCAGCCAACAGCACGUUGCUCAGCAGCCCCAAUCACGCGGAGAAGUUUUGGUUGCAAAUCUACCGAUGAUGGAGUCACUUCCUCAGCUCUUCCUCGCUCUGCAAUGGAAACGUAACUUUUUCAGGUACAUGGGGAUGUCAGAAAGCAGCAGCAGCUCUCCGCUGUCAAGCAAGCACGGAAGAGGACUUUUGUAG